AUGGCACCUCCAAUCCCAAUCCCAAGCCCCCCACCCCCCGUCAUCCUCUUCGGCUACGACUCCUCCCCCUUCACCCAAAAAGUCUGCCUCGCGCUCCGCCUCAAGCAGAUCCCCUACACCUUCGUCCUCGUUCCCAGCAUGAUGCCCCGCCCCGUCCUCUCCGAGUCCUUCCACCUCCUGUACCGCAAGAUCCCCGUGCUGGCCCUCGGCCGCGACCUCUACUGCGAUACCUCGCUGAUCCUCGAGGCGCUGGAACACGCCUUCCCAACCCCGGGGCAUCCGUCGCUGUAUCCGCUCGCGAAGGAUGGGAGGGAUUACAGGCCGCUGAUGCGCGGGUUUGCGAGUUACUGGACGGACAGGCCGCUGUUCCGCGUCACGACGGGGUUGAUCCCGAGUAGUGUCUGGCGCACGGCCUUUGGCGUCGACAGGGCGGAGCUGAUCGGGCAUACGCUUGAUCCGGGGAAGUUGGAGAAGAAGGUCCCGGCGAAUCUCGUAAACCUGGAUAUGCAUCUUGCGAUGCUGGAGCCGCUUUUCAGUGGCGCCGCGAAGGAGGCGAAAGGUGGGAAGCGGGGCUGGGUGUUCGCGACGGAGAGACCGAGCGCGGCGGAUAUCGCGCUGUAUUACCAGCUGGACUGGGGCAGGGAUAUCGCGGCGGGGAGGGGGAUUAACAGCCUCACAGGCGGCGGGACGCAGGAUACGAACGCGGAGGGGACGGCCGCUGUGUUCAAUAGCGAACGGUACCCGGCGCUGUGCGCGUGGUUUGACCGAUUUCGGGACUUCGUUGCUGCGCUACCUUCCAUGGAGAAGCGGACGACGGAUUCGGGGGAGGCAGUCGCGGCUAUAAAAGCAGCCAGUCUCAAUACGCUCGACGGCGUGCUUGUCCCCACACCCGCACCAGCACACAUCCAGCUGGACGGGAGGAACGGGUUGUUGCCUGGUGUUGAGGUUGCGGUCGCGCCGGAUGACACCGGACGUGCUGAUCCAACAUAUGGCACGCUGCUCGCGCUGACCCCGGAGGAGGUCGUGAUCAAGCCGCAGCGGCUGGGGAGUGUGCCGCCUAUUGACGUGCGAGUGCACUUUCCGAGGCUCGGAUUCACGGUUCGGCCGCAGCAGGCGGCGAAACUAUAG